AGCUGUUUCAGCGCCCUGGACAGCUCAGUUGUCAAAAAAAAACCUCCAGCAACACCAGAUAUCACCCCCAAAGUGCUAAUGCCUGAUAUCAGAGAUUGCGUUUAUUCAAUUGUCACUCGGUAAUUCGAAUUUUUGUGUUUAUAUGGUGAGCUGAUGGUUUAAAACAUGAGGGCGGCUGUGGUAAUGCUUGUGAGUGUUGCACUCACGUGUUUAGUUAUUGGUAAUGCAUAUUACCAGAAAAAACAGUUCUAUCCUUCUGUCGUCUACAUAACCAAGUCAAAUCCUAGUAUGGCUGUCAUCUACGUUCAGGGUCUCAUCAUUGUGUUCAUGACCAAUACCUUCCUCAGGAAGAUCUUCUUCGGCAAUCUCAGGGCUGCUGAGCUAGAGCACCUGGUAGAGAAGGCCUGGUACGCAGUGACAGAGACCUGCCUGGCGUUCACAGUCUUCAGGGAUGACUUCAGUCCCAAGUUCAUAGCAUUAUUCACUUUAUUACUGUUUCUCAAGUCGUUCCAUUGGCUUGCUGAGGACAGAGUCGACUACAUGGAGAGGAGUCCAGUGAUCACAUGGCUAUUUCACUUGCGUGUUGCUACACUUCUUACUCUUCUGUCGUGCAUUAAUUACACGAUGAUAGAGUACGCUUAUAAUUCAACAAUCACUAAAGGUGCAUCUGUGCAAUUGGUCUUUGGAUUUGAAUACGCUAUUCUAAUGACUGUGGUACUCAAUAUCAGUGUCAAGUAUUUUCUGCAUACGGUUGAUCUCCAAAAUGACACACCGUGGGAAAAUAAACCUGUUUUGCUGUUGUACACUGAAUUAAUCAUUGGCUUAAUCAAGGUGAUUCUGUACGUUGCAUUCGUCAGCGCAAUGGUAAAACUGUAUACCCUCCCCCUGUUCGCGGUGAGACCGAUGUACUACACGAUGAGAACUUUCAAGAAAGCUUUCCAGGACAUCGUGAUGUCCCGACGAGCAAUCAGAAACAUGAAUUCGUUCUACCCUGACGCAACACCAGAGGAGCUGGCAGCUGCUGACAACGUCUGUAUAAUCUGCCGGGAGGAGAUGGUGUCAGCGAGUAAGAAACUCCCCUGCAAUCACAUAUUCCACACAGCCUGCCUGAGAUCGUGGUUCCAGCGUCAGCAGACGUGUCCCACAUGUCGUUUAAAUAUUCUGAGACCUGCAACGCCGAGUCCUGAGAACAGACAGCAGAAUCAGCCCCAGGGGGGCCACGUCCUGGGUGGUCAAGGCCUCCAGCAAGGCCAAACCCCAGUGAAUCCUCAGGAUGGUCCACGACCGGAGCCAAUAACUCUGGCAAAUCUUAGAACAGCAAUGGGUCAGCCAUUUCCCCCAGAGGGAAUGCCUUUCUUCGCUCCACCAUUUCCAAAUGUUGUUCCAUUUCCACCUGUGCCAACACCACCACCCAAUUUGACAGCUCUCAGUGAAGAGGAGCUCAGGACGAUGGAAGGUAAUUUGAGACAGGCUGUCGAGGCCAGGAUAGAGACCCUCCAGAGGGUUCAGUUGCUAUUGGAUGCUGCCAAUGUUAUGAUGAAUCAGUACCAGACAGCAGCUGCCACUGCCAACAUCCCAGUGCCACCAACCACUAGCCCACAGCCACAUGCAGCCACCAGCAAUCCUGAUCCCUCGAAAACUCCAGGAUCCGUUUUUUCGGUUCCCACUGUCAACGCGAAUGUAACUCCAGGUGGAUCUGCUACUAUCUCGAGUACUGGAGGCACUGAACCAAUACCUACAACAUCCUCGAGUCAUCAAGAUCCAGACGAUGAGGCGUCGGUCCUCAGGCAGAGAAGACUCCAGAAAUUCUCGGUGCAGAGGACGCAGGACUAGAGUAAAUGGGAAAAUCGAGGGAAUUACGAGGGAAUCGUCUGGGUCGUCGGAAAUCCAGGGUCUUCAGCUUCCUGAUUGCUUCUGGAAGGCCAUCAGUUCUUGAUAUCGUGGGGAAGGGGUGGACAACGACCAGAAUGUGGGCACUGAAUUAAUAAUUGGUUUACUGGUGGAGUUGAAGACUGAAGUCCAAAAUUUUUAUUUACUCUCCAUUGAUCUCGGUAACGAGGGGCUCUAUGGGAUAAGUCUAUUUACCUUUUUUGUAGAGAAUUUCUCGAUCUUUAAUUAAUAUCUUGUGACAUUUUUUACUCAACCCAAGGGUUCCACAGAUAUCCUGAAAAAAACUGGCACCAAAAAUUUUAAAGUUUGAUUUUUAUAAAAAUUCUUCGGAUACUACUUUGUGGAUAACUCCCAGAGGGAGGGGUUGAGAGGAAAAUGUGAUAAGACAUUUUUUUCGGGGAAUUCCGUGGAUUUAAAAAAAUGUUUCUGACUUUUUCCUGUAAAUCCAGUCGUUAACGAGAUAAAUCGGCAAUUACGUCUCGUGAGGAAAUUCCACUCCACCACUGAAUCCCCUUCAUCAUCACCUUUUGUUAUAAUCGUUUUGUUUAUUGGUGUGUACAUAAUCUGAAUAUAUAAGGUACUAAACAGGUAAUUCUCUUCAUCUUCCAUUCGCUAUUAUCUCCAGAUCAUACAAAAAAUUGUAAUAUAUCGAGAGAAGAGUUACUCAAUGAGCAGAGGAUGUACAAUUAUCAAUUGUAUGUUAUGGCGUGCACUCAAUUGUUGUUAAUCAGUACUAAUAGAUGAGUUUGAAAGAUUUAUAGAUUCUCAGGUGAUAUUAAGAAAAUGUUUGGAGAAUUUCGAGUGGAAUAAUUGGAUAGACUGGUGGGGAUAUGCCAUACGUAUGUAAAAAUUCAUAAGGUUGGUUAUCACCACGUGUAAUAAACCUAUUUGUCUAUUGAAA